AACCAGCUGCAAUACUAUUGACUUGCUGGGGUCGGUAUAAAAUGAAUACACGGGGAUUUCGAAGUCCUACCUAGAAACCGAAGCCUUGCGAGCGCAGAGGCUCGCGCCUGCUUGGGCAAAUGGCCCAGCAGCUGACGAUGACCAACAUGGGGCCGCGUCGCAAGGGGAGCGCUCGUCUUGAGCCCCUGGCGUACGGCGGCUCCAGCGGCGGCCGGGCCUCGCCCUCCACCGGCGACUUCAUGGGGGAGGUGCCGAUGGUGCCGGACGGCCGCUCGCCCAGCGCCCACCUGCCGCCACUCAACCGUGUGCGGGACACCGCGGGUGAGGCGUUUGACGGUGUGGUGGCGGACGACGUGAGCCCCGGCGUCAGUCCGGCGCGGCGGGCGCGCAAGGCGGCGCUGAUGACGCGCGGGGACUUGGACCACCGCUCAGUGCUGCAGGCUUCCCUCGCACUGGACCAGAAGGAGCGCGAGAUGGCUCUCAUCCGCGACAACAAGCGCGAGUACGGGCGCAUCCUGUUGGAGCUGUGGGUGAACCAGGUGCUGGACAGCCAGUCCACAGCCAACAACCCGCUGGGGGCCAGCCAGAGCAUGGGAGACCCGCUGAAGAUGGAUGCAAGCGCGCUGAAGGGCCUGGCCAGCUACGGCCUGACCCGUGUGGAGCUGCUGGGCGCGGGUCUGUCCAACGAGGGCAUCGACCGCCUGUACCGCUGCAUGUACGUGUACACAGUGGGCUUCUUCGACGUCAUGCAGGACAUCCUGUCCCACAACGACUUCAAGACAGAGAUCCUGUCCAACGUGUGGAAGGGCUUCCUCACCAUCGCGGAGAGCGCGCUGCAGGUGUCCUUCCGCUCCGACUACCUCAAGCUGUACCAGAGCCAGCAGGUGGCUAUGGCGGAGCUGCUGUUCGCAAAGGAGCAGCUCAGCGAGGCGCGGCAGGACAGCGUGAACACGGAGAAGGCGGUGGCGUGGCUGACCAACGCGCACGCCGAGGAGCGGGCGGCGCGGCAGGCGCUCAAGGGGCAGCUGCAGGAGCUGCAGGGGGUGCUGGAGCGGGAGCGGCAGGCGCACAACGCCGCAGUGUCCAAAUACGUGGCGGAGGUGGAGGAGAGGGUGCGUCUGCAGGCGCAGCUGGAGGACGCCACGGGCCAGCUGUCGUCCGCCGCCAUGGCGCAGGUGGACCUCAUCCUGCAGCGCGACGGCCUCACGCAGCAGCUGGCGGAGGCGGAGGGGCGCGCGGGGGCGCUGGUGGAGCACGUGCGGGGCGUGUACGAGGCACUGGCCAUGGACACGGCGCUCAGGCCGAACAAGGCCACGUCGGACCAGCUGGAAGGGCUGCUGGCGGCGGCGCGGCAGGCGCAGGAGGCGGCGGCGGCGGCAGAGGCGGCCGCCAAGGCCGCAGCGGCGGCCGCAGCCGCCGCGGAGGGCGCCGCCGACGCCGACGCUGGUGGCCACGACGCCGCUAGCGACCUGGCCUCAGGGCCGCCGUCACACCGCUCCGGCGUGGGGAGGGGCAGUAGCGGAGGCAUGAUGCCGUCAGAAGCGGCGGCAGCAGCAGCAGCAGCGGCGGCAGCAGCGGCUGGCGCCGUCAACGGCAGCAGCAGCAGCAGUGGCGGCGGGGGGCCGCAGCGGGCUCCGCUGCCGCCGCUGGAGCCGGGGGCUCGCGCCGAGGUGACGCUGCUGUAUGCGGACCUGGUGGGGGACCUGACCAGGCAGCUGUACCAGAACUGGCGGGACCAGACGGAACUGGCCGCCGGCAACGCGCGGCAGCUGUACGCGGCGCGGGACGGGCUGCGCAGCGCCAAACUCAAGGAGCAUGAGCUGCAGACGGAGCUGGACCGCACGUGCAACGCCGCGGCGGCUCUGCAGCGCUCUCUGACCCGGUCGGAGGAGGACGCGGCGGCGGCGCACGUCACUGCGCAGCGGCUGGAGGCCGAGCUGGAGGCACUCAAGGAGCUGAAGGCAGAUGCGGACCGGCAGAUUGCCCGGCUCACUGACAGCCUGGCCACCACCUCCGACAGCCUGCAGCGCACACAGGUGGAGCGCAACACGCUGGCUGACGCCACGGGACUGCUGCAGUCGGACGUGGAGGCGCGCGACCAGACCAUUGGCCGCCUGCAGGCGCGGCUGGCGGCGGAGGGCGAGACGCUGGCGGAGAUAAGCCGCAGCAUGGUGAUUUACGCCAAGGCGGCGGCGGCGCAGGACAUUGCCCGCGGCUUCUACAAGCAGCGCUUCCAGGAGGCGUCCAAACGCGCCGGCGACCUGCAGUGGAGCAUAUUCCGGGCGGAGCGACAGAUCCGCACGCUGGAGGGCAAGAUCGAGCACAAGAAUGGCGAGCUGUCCACCCUGGCCGCCGCCACGGAGCAGGCCAAGGUGGCGUCGGACCUGGCGCAGCAGACGCUGGCGGGCGCACUGCUGGACAUUGAAAACAAGAAGGCGCUGAUUGCCUCCCUGGAGCGCGCGCUCGGCGCCGCCCAGGAGGAGUCCACCAAGCUGCGCCAGGACCUGAGUGAGACGCUGCAGCGCGCCGAGGAGGCGGAGCGCGAGCUGGAGGAGGCUCACGAGGAGAUCCAGCGGCAGGUGGAGGCGAUGGAGGCUCUGGAGGGGCGCAUCGCGGCGGCCGGCGAGGAGCGCGGGCGGCUGCUCAAACAAAUAGAACGGCUAGUGGGCGAGAAGGCCGAGGUGGAGAAGAUGGCCAAGCAGCAGCGCGAGACGAUGCAGACCGAGAUCAACAAGCGCGGCUCCGAGAUCGCCAGCCUGCGGGCGGAGGUGGAAGGCGUAAACCUCAAAAUGGAGGCUCUCAAGAGCGACAUGGGCCAGGCGGGCGCGCUGCUGGAGCGCAAGCGCGAGAAGAAGAAGAAGUGGAAGGCUGCCAACGCGCUGGCGGUGCAGGAGGUGGCGGCGCUGCAGGCCGCGCUGGCGGAGCGGGACGGCUGCGUGGCGGAGCUGACUGCCCGGCUGGAGCCGCUGGAGGUGGACGUGGCGCUGCUCAUGGCGGACAGGGGGCGGGACGCGGCGGCGGUGGAGGCGCCGGAGGAGGCGGCAGGCAGCGACACGGCGGCGGGGCACGGCGUCGACCAGACGCCCGGCGACAUCAGCCAGGUGCAGCGGCAGUGGGACGAGCUGUCUCGUACAGCACUGGAGCUGCAGUCCAAGCUGGAGGCGCAGCAGCGGGCGGUGGAGGCGGCUCGGCGCGAGUACGAGACGGCGCGUGCGGCCUUCUAUGAGGCGCCCACGGAGGAGGGCCGCAAGAACGUGCUGCUGGGCAUUGAGGCCGUGCUGGCCAAGCUGCGUGUGGAGCGCAAGGACACGGAGCUGGAGCUGGCGGCGCUGCGGGAGCGGCAGGCCGACCUGCGGGGGGCGCUGCAGGCGCACGAGAACGCCACCUUCAAACGCCGCAUAGCCGUGGUGGCGCGCCGCACCGGCAAGACGGAGUUCACGCUCCAACACGAGCUCAGCCGGCGCCUGGACGAGUCCAAGGAGCGCGAGUCCAAGCUGGCAGGCACUCUGGAGUCUCAGGCGCUGGCGGCCACCACCGCGCAGACGCGGUCGGCCAAGCUGGAGAGCGACUUCGUGCGCACCGAGGCCGAGCUGAGGGACCUGGCUGACAAGCUGAAGAAGACUCUGGAGUUCAAGGUGGAGCUGGAGCGGCAGCUGGCGCAAUACAAGAACAUGGUGGGCUUCCUGCAGGCCGAGGUCUCCAGCCUCAGCCGGGAGCGGGACGCACUCAAGGCCAACCUGCAGGACGUGGACCAGCGCACGGAGCGGCUGACUAAUGACGUGGCCGAGGCGCAGGCGGCAGUGGGCACCACUGCAAAGCGGCUGGAGGCGAAGUACGAGGCCGAGAAGCGCGAGGCGGUGGCGGCGGCGGUGGAGAAGCAGCGGCACCUGGAGGCGCAGCUCAGCCACAGCCACGCCCGGAUAAAGGAGCUGGAGGCUCUGACGGGCUCCGCCACCGCCUCCCUGCGCCGCUACCUGGCCGCCUCGUUGGACCGGAUGGAGCGGGCGCUGCCGCCGCGCUUCAUCUGGCACGUCAGCCGACCCGACCACGUACGACAGGCCAUCAUCGCGUGUGGCGGAGGUGGCGAGCUGGCGGAGGGUGAUGACCCCGAGGGCGGCUCCCGGCUGGGCACGCCGGCCGGCGGCGCGGGGCGAGGGGGCGGCGGCGCGAGUGCGCCGGGCUCGCCCGGGGCCGGGGGGCAGCUGACGCCGGGGGCGGGUCAGGUGGUGGUGGCGGGCGCGGCGGCGGCUGUGUCGGGUCUUCCCUCUCUGGUGCUGGCGAUGGAGGGCGUGGCCUUUGACACCAACUUUGACUACCAGACCGACACGGUGCUGCGCUGGCUGGCCAGCAGCUGGUCCUUCGACGUGACGCUGGUGACCAUCAGCCAGCUGUACGUGGAGAAGCUGCAGGCAGACAUACGCGCGGAGGAGGGCCUCCUGGGCGGUGUGGCGGGGCCCCGGCAGCCGCUGGAGGCCGCCAUGUACGACUUCUUCACCAGCCGCUACGGCUGCCGGCAGGCGGCGGAGCUGCAUCUGGCGGCCUUCCUGGGCGCCGUCAGGAGGUUCAGGAGCCAGCACCCCAAGGUGCGCACCUUCUCGCGGCUACUGGGGCUACCCGAGCCGCCGGCGGCCGCCGGAGCAGCGGAGGAUCCGCUCACGCGCGCCCCCCUGCCGCCCGCCGCCGCCGAGUUCUACCUCACACUCGUCAACAGGGUGCACGCGCGCGCGGGCCCACUGAUCGCGGAGGCGGCUGAGGGCUUCUCGCUGGUGAAGGCCAAGGUGCUGACGCGGCUGGCUCGGGAGUUCCUGCGCGGCUCCUUCGCCACCACCCGCGACGACGUGGCGGCCACGCCCGACUACGUGCGGCACAUGGCUCUGAAUGACGAGGAGAAGUCCAUCGACCUGGAGCUGGCGCUGGAGGCCAUCCUGCGGGCCUUCGUGGCGCAGUACCGCGAGGACAGCGAGUCCCUGUGCGCCAUGUUCAGGGCCAACUUUGAGAACAUGGGCCGCAAGCUGGUCACGCCCGACGACCUGUCCAUGUUCCUGCGCACACUCAACCCCGAGAAGGCCGCCGCGCUGGCGCCCGGCCGCAUCCUGUCGCUGUACGUGGAGGCGGCGCGCGCAGCCGGGCCAGCCAGCGCCGACCUGGGCAGACACCUGUGCCGCGUGGUGCUGGAGAGCGGCUUUGUUGGCAUUUCCACGCACGUGUCACGGCACGAGCCCAUGCGCGCGCUGCCGCCCUACGACGAGUUCGAGCUGCUGGAGGAGAGCUGGCGGCUGAUGCGCGUGGCGGUGGAGCAGCAGGUGGCGGUCGGCAAGAGCCACCCAGAGAAGGUGAAGGCGGACCUGCCCAGCUACGUGGACCUGGCCCGCCGCGUGGACGAGCUGGUGGGCGGCCGCGAGAACGCCGCGCCCGCCUGGGUCACCUACCGCCGCCUGCUCACGACAUACGCGGCGUUGCGGCCGGUGGUGGAGGAGAUCAUGCCCUUCGACCCGCCCACCGGCGACAUCGGCCGGACCAAGAAGACGUCUGCGGCGGGCGGCGUGCCGGGGCAGGCGGGCGCCGAGGGCGAGGACGGCGAGGACGAGGCGUCGCCCUCCCGCGAUGUCUCGCCCACUGGUCGCCGCACCAUGCGCUCCACGCUGGGCCACAAGAGCAUGGGCGCGGCGCUGUCCCGCAGCGCCAGCAGCCGCAGCCUGGGCGGCGACGGCGCCGCGGCCUCCAUGUACGACCUCAGUGGGGCGGGCGCCGCAGCGGCGGCAGCCGCACAGCGCAAGGGCGGCAAGCUGCUGGCACCCAAAGGUGGCGUGCCCACGGAGCCCAACUCGCCGAUGCCGGGCCGCAAGCCCGCGGGCACAGGCGGCGGUGACGACCCCGCGCAGGAGCUGCUGAACGCGUCCGUAGUAAAACUCAAAUUUGAUUCAACCGGGGGGAAAUGAGAGCUGCAUUGUGAAGAUGAUGAGGUGGCGUCUGAAAGGAGCUAGGGAGCGGUGGCAGGAGCUAGGGAGCGGUGGCAGCGGAAGGUGUGGUGUUUGGACUUUUGUUCCACAUGACGCGCAGCCGCGCAGGUGACAUGGGUGUCAGCUUUGUACAGCUGGAAAAUGGGCUGAGCCCCAUGUAGCGCAAGGGGAUGUGACGAUGGGCACCGGCGACAUGAACAGCACCCUUGCAAGCCCAUCCAGCGGCCUGCCCGCCACAAUUGUCGUAC